AUGUAAAGGAACUCAGGUUAUGUGCUGUUUUUCACAGUGAUUUAAGGAAAGUAGUUGGAGAGCUGAACUUUGCCCUUAUUUUUGUCAGCUGAUCCGUGCUGCUGUGGGAGGAGCUUUUGUCAUUGCAAGUCUUCACUGUUCCUGUAAAUCUACACAGAGAACACAAACACACAGGGAAGCAGAACAGAGGCAACAGACAACGCCUCUGGUGCUCCAGAGCAUAUAAACAUUAGGACAAACUCGUUGCUGCACACACUGACGAGGGCAAUCCAAGCUGCCUCUGAGAGUGAUCUUAUGGUCUUCCGCAGAGCCUGACCGUGGAUUCCAAGCUCCUUCAGCAGUCUGAUGGUAGAUGACGCAACAAAUCCUCUGCAUCCCACUUCAACUGGAUAGACUUUGGUGUUCCAGCCACGCUGCGUUGCCUCUGCAGCAAGCUCUGCGUAGCGCAGCUUCUUACGCUCAUAGGCCUCCUCAACAGAAUUCUCCCAUGGAACUGUGAGCUCUAUGAUGUAAGCAGUCUUCCGUGAAGGGGACCAGAACACCAAGUCUGGCCUGAGGUUGGUGGAAGCAAUUUCAGGUGGAAAAAUUAGUUGUCGGACGAUGUCCACCAGCAUCCUCCAGUGUUCAAUGUUCUCUCAAGCAAAUAAUGAGAGCAAGAUUAUUCCACCAAGAUAGACUACUGAGGCUCAAAGGAAAUUGGAGGAACAUUUAACUUGGGCAGCUUACACCCCAGCGCUGGGAAAUGCUUGUCUACCUGGGCGUGAUGCUGUUGUUCUGCUUCCUGUACUGGUGGUACAGAGACAGUAAGCAGAUUACGGCGGUAUCGGACAAGCACGUGUACAUCACGGGCUGUGACUCUGGCUUUGGACAUCUUCUGGCCCAACACCUGGACAAGCAGGGUUUCCACGUCCUGGCUGCUUGUUUCACCAAGCAGGGGGCCCAAGAACUGGAGGACAAGACUUCGUCAAGACUCAAAACCUUCCAGCUUGAUGUCACCAACUCUGAAAGCAUUGGGAAGGCCGCAGAAUUCGUCAAAUCCCAGGUUAAAGACAAAGGGCUGUGGGGCCUGGUGAACAACGCCGGGAUCUCUCAACCCACUGGUCCGAGUGACUGGCUGACCAUCGAUGACUACAAGGUGCAGCUGGACGUUAACCUGAUAGGACUGAUCGAGGUCACGCUCAGCAUGAUCCCGCUGAUAAAGAGGGCGAGAGGCAGGAUUGUGAACAUGGCCAGCAUUUGUGGCAGGCUGAGCUGCUUCGGAGGAUCAUACUGCAUCUCCAAGUUUGGCGUUGAAGCCUUCAAUGAUAGUCUCAGGAGGGAUCUACAAUGCUUUGGAGUGAAGGUGGCUUGCAUCGAACCAGGCUAUUUCAAAACGAGCAUAACCAACCCUGACCUAAUAAAGGAGAAAUUAAUCAAGCUGUGGGGCCGGUUACCACGAGAUGUGCAGGAGGAUUACGGGGAUGACUACCUGGACAAAACUUGUCCACUCAUGAAGAAGAAUAUUGAGAAGCUGGCCGAGCCGAACCUGAUGAAGGUCGUGUCGCGGAUCCACCACGCUCUGACCUCCGUUCACCCUCGCUCGCGGUACGCCGUGGGAGUAGACGCUAAACUGUUCUGGAUUCCUCUCUCCUAUAUGCCGACAGCAUUCACUGAUUUUCUGUUGGUGGGGAGCACAGUUAAGCCAGCAAAAGCUGUCUAUUAACAACUUCCUUGAGACUGAUGUGUAGGAAAGAGCUGCAGAUGCUGGUUUAAAUCGAACAUGGACACAAAAUGCAGGAUUAACUCAGCGGGACAGGCAGCAUCUCUGGAGAGAAGGAAUGGGUGAUGUUCCGAGUCGAGACCCUUCUUCAGACUGGAGAAGGGUCAGUCUCGACUUCAGUCAAGACUUCAGUCUUGACCCAAAACAUCACCUGUUCCUUCUCUCCAAAGAUGCUGCCUGUCCCGCUGAGUUACUCCAGCAUUUUGUGUCUAUCCUUGAGACUGAUAUUGUACAAUGAAAGGGAAUUGGAAUAGAAUCAUAGUCAUUGGAAUAUGGUAGAAUUAAAUUCUGUUCUAUCAGGACUAAUUCUAAUCAAGUAUCAUCAGAUAAAUUAUGGUAAAAAUGUAAAAUCUAAAUUACAAUUAUUUGUUGAUUAUUUUUGUAAACUUGAUGGAUAUCAAUGUAUUGAUUAACUGUAACUGUGAUGUGGAUUCAAAUGCAUGUAUCACCACUGGACAUACAUUUUGUCAAGAAAAGGUCAUAAUCCCGAUGUAUGUGUCUUCCUCCAUUUUGUUAGCACUAGUGUAUAGACUAAUCUUCUACAGAUUACUGGACAGGAUUCAACAGCUUCCCCGUUGACUUUUUGCAAAACAAUGAGGAACUUUCCAAGAAGGAUCGUCAUAAACAGUUGGUGUAGGUUAAAGUAGCCAAUGUUUAUCGCGAAAAGUGUGGUUGGAAUUAGUAAGAUUAAACGAGAACUUACCAGU